GGGCUUGCUGCAGCCUCAGCAUCGCAUUACAUCACCCCAGCAUCCUGCAUCCCCCCCAGGAUAGCCUUCACCUGCUGCUGCUGCUGCUCGCCCCCUGCACCCCCUCAGCAUGGCAGAGAGUGAGGCAGAGACCCCCAGCACUCCUUGCGAGUUUGAGAGCAAGUACUUUGAAUACAAUGGCAUCAGGUUACCCCCCUUCUGCAGAGGGAAGAUGGAGGAGAUCGCAGACUUCCCUGUAAGGGAGAAUGACAUCUGGAUUGUUACCUAUCCCAAAUCAGGAACCAGCUUGUUGCAGGAAAUAGUGUAUUUAGUAAGUCAAGGCGCUGAUCCUGAUGAGAUCGGACUGAUGAACAUCGAUGAGCAGCUGCCUGUCCUGGAGUAUCCACAGCCCGGUCUGGAUAUAAUCAAGGAGCUGACAUCUCCUAGGCUUAUAAAAAGUCACCUGCCAUACCAGUUCCUGCCUACAGACCUGCACAAUGGAGAGUCCAAGGUUAUCUAUAUGGCUCGUAAUCCCAAAGACCUCGUAGUUUCUUAUUACCAGUUCCACCGCUCCCUGAGGACAAUGAGCUACAGGGGAACUUUUCAGGAGUUCUGCCGGAGAUUCAUGAAUGACAAAUUGGGCUAUGGCUCAUGGUUUGACCAUGUCCAAGAAUUCUGGGAUCACCAUUUGGACUCGAAUGUACUUUUUCUGAAGUAUGAAGAUAUGCACAAGGACCUUGGCACUAUGGUGGAGCAGCUGGUGAGAUUCCUGGGUGUAUCAUAUGAUAAAGCCCAGCUGGAGUCCACGGUAGAACAUUGCCACCAGCUAAUCGACCAGUGCUGCAAUGCAGAGGCGCUUCCUAUCGGCAGGGGACGGGUCGGCCUGUGGAAAGACAUCUUCACCGUCUCGAUGAACGACAAAUUCGACCUGGUGUAUAAACAGCGGAUGGGGAAAUGCGACGUGACCUUUGACUUCAGCCUAUAGGAAAUGCAUGCGUUACUCCCUAUGUAUUAGCUAGACGAGCUUUAUGGCCUCUGUUUAUACCUGCUGCACAAUAUAUUGUAAUAAUUCCAUGUAAUGUUAUCACCAGGAAACCUUUCCCAGGCCGCUCAGUAUUUCAUUGCUUAUAUCUUCUUCUAUGCCAGUGUUUCCCAACCAGGGUGCCUCCAGCUGUUGCCAAACUACAACUCCCAGCAUGCCUGGACAGCCUUCGGCUGUCCAGGCAUGCUGGGAGUUGUAGUUUGGCAACAGCUGGAGGCACCCUGGUUGGGAAACACUGUUCAAUGCUAUGGAGCAGGGACUGCUGUUCUAUCAGGCGGCGACAGUCGGCGCCGAUAUAGAUCAGGAGCCGCUGAUCCCCUUUAAUGAAUUCUCUAUAUGGGGAGGUCCUGGGAGCGCACACUCUCUUAUCUAUUCCUCUUUGUGAAGUUAUAUAGUUCGUCGUAUUUUCUAGCGCUUUUCAAUGGAGAUUAUUGUCGGAAUCUUUGAUAAAUCAGAUCCCAGUCACGGAGCGGACGGGCGGUCGGCGGCAGGGGGCAGCCGACGCUGAAUGCUGUGCGUAAAACGCAUCUCAGGGCUUUGUUGUUGCAUCGGUUGUAUGGUUUGUGUCAUAAUUCAAUCUAAAUAAAAUACUGAUCUUAUAUAUCAA